CACAUGAUAUGAUUUCAUUGGUUGUGCUAAUAAUUUAUGAAGUUUUAGACCUAUCAAAAAGAUAUACUGUCAUUUUGAUUGCUCUGAUUUCGCCCUAUUUGUUUACAUAAAUGUAAACAUUAGAUUAAGUUUGGAUAGUAGUUUCAGUUGGGAAAUUCGUUCAUUAUGACAGUAUUUGGUCUAAAAUUAAGUGUUUAAUCAUGAGUGUGUAGUGGAAGCUAGAUAAUCGGCAAUGUGAUGCUGCAACAUGCCAAAAAUUAUCGAGUUAACAGUGGAAAUAGAUGUACAGAGGGUAUCAUGUCCAGGAGUGUGGUUAUGCCAAGAUGGCCGUGUGUCCCUCACAGUGUUUGCGCUGGGCACCAGCUACCAGACCUGUCUGCUGCCUCCCAUCUUCCCGCUCCUAUUCAAAGACAUCUUCUACUUCCGCAAAAGAUUUCAAGAAUCUUGCGCAUUGAAUAACAUUUGCUGUUUGUUAAAAGAAGAAACAAUAUACUGUGAGCUGGUGCAAUGGUGUGAUGACUGUGCUUCUAGUGAGUGUGUGAUCCUGGCUCAGUACCUGGGCGCUUUGAAUGAUGUGCUCUUCCCACCCAACAUGUGCUCCAACGAUGGAGUGGAUCUGCUCAUGAGGAGGGCUAAGGACUUCCCUGGUAUACUAUCCCCCAAAAUCGAGAUAGCAACAAAAGUGCGUAUAGACGAGGUGUGGAACCAGUCGCACACAGCGCCUUCCUCGCUGAAGGUAGCCUGUCAUUGUUCGCCUCGCGACGAGACCGCCCGACAGAGGCAGGUCUGCCAUUCUGCCCGGUACCAUAGGAACAAAUGUUUCAAACACGCGCGGGCGCCAUCAGGACCUUUACGGUCAGGGUCACGGUCUGGAUCCUCGGGCUCGAAGUCAUGCUGCAGCCUCAUGCAGAACGAUGCGGACUAUAUGACUGCUUGUGACUGUCCUGUUCCAAUACCGAAAACUGGUAUGAUGAACUGCCCUUAUCAGAAGUCGCAACGUCGCAGCCGCUCGCCUCGCCGCGAGUAUUGUGUGUACAAUGUACAAAAUACGGACACGUGGAUAAACAAACCGUUUACUAAGACUGGUAGUAAUGAUAGCGAGUCUUACGAUGACUAUACGUUAAGAUCAAUGAGCAGCACAGAGAAGCCGUACUCCAACCGUCAUGAGGAAGAAAAACAGAAGAAGACUACCCUAGAAAGCAGAUACAUCGACUAUGAUAGAUACACGAACGCUAGUACACAGGACAAAAGAAAAAACCAUUUCAAAACUAAAAUAACCCCUUGUGUAUGUGAAAUCUGCAAACGAUACCACGAACUCUUUCAUACGAACAAAGCAUAAAUCAUUUGUCAGGUCAAUAAGGACCAAUUUGCAAUAACUACCUCAUUGAAAAUGACUGCGUGACUGGAUGUAGGUAAGCAAUACAGUUUGUAAUUACCGUCCCCAAUUAACAAAGGAAAUUGUGCUUUAAUGUUAUCAUCAAAUGUUUAUACAUUGUUAUAUUUUUCUUCAUAAGUUUUUAGAAACCAAUUUUUAUAACUAAUCAUGCAUUCUUAUCUUUUUUUAAUAAAAAAAUUCGUUACUCUAACAAAAAUUGUAUAGACAAAAUCUAGUAUAGUGUAAGAUUUGUUAAAAAAUAUUGUGUUCAAAUAAUAAUUUAUCUUAUUUUUAUACUUAAAUAUUAUAAUUUAAAUUUAUUAUUCUAUAAAUCAAUUGUUAUACUUUUUUUAUACAAGUUGAAGAAAUAGAGGAUCAUGAAAUAAAACGAAUAAAAUCAUUAAAUUACUA